UUUCUCUUCUCUAAGUUGGUUGUUUAUUCGUAGUAGUUCUGUGGUGGUAUGCCGUGGUCAUGGCUGUGGCUCGGGUGUAUGUGAAAGCUUGAAUGGCCCUACGGUGCGCUGCCACCCGUUACGCAUCGCUUUUGUUUAGUAAAACCGUGCAUGCGGCCCCGCGGUCCGGUGGCAGCAGGUAUCUGUUGCCGGAGAGACAAAUGUCCCGUCUGGCAUCGCCAACGUACCUCUCGGCUUGCGCUACACUGCCCCAACAGGCCUUCGAUUACUUCCUGUUGCUGGACUUUGAGGCCACCUGCAGCGCGGAGAAAGGGGUGCCAACACCACAGCUCCACCAGAUGGUGCUCGCCUCCCCCGCAGCGGCAGCACCGGCCAUGUGGGGGAAAGAAAAAGAAAGAACCAGAAAGCUUGUCUUGCACAUCCUUGGCGCCACGGAAAUAAUCGAGUUUCCAGUGCUCAAGGUUAAUGGCCGCACCUUUGAGACAGAAGCCACUUUCCACACAUAUGUCCAGCCACAGGCACACCCUCAGCUGACUGCAUUCUGCAUAGAGCUAACGGGCAUAGUGCAAGACAUGGUGGAUGGUCAGCCACAUCUGCAACAAGUGCUGAGCCAGUUUGAUGUUUGGAUGCGGGAGCAGGGCUUGCUUCAGGCCCGAACAGUGUUUGUCACCUUUGGUGAUUGGGACCUGCAGAAAAUGCAUUCUCAGAUUGCACGGGUCACUGGCCCAAGACCCAGCUGGAUGCACUGCACUUCUGUGGGCUGCCUCAUUUGGGACGCCACCACAGCGGCAUCGAUGACUGCCGCAACCUGGCGCAGCUGGUCGGAUGGCUGGCAUCCCGUGGCCACCGGUUUGCGUGAGCCGGUGUUCGAGGAGGCAGAGCUGUCGCAGGAAGCCGCGGUUGGGCACGAUCUCUCGCCGUGCGCGCACCAGUCGCACAGCCUCACGGGCACUCAGCCGCCGGCGCAGCAUGAGGAAGGCAAGCACCAGCGUCGCCGAGCGGCUGAUCCCCUGGUGACAGUGAACGAACACGCGGCCCCCAGGCUUGGCCAACGCACGCUCGAUGAAGUCGGCUGCCUCAUCGAAGAAGCGGUCGAGCCGGAACACGGACAUGUCCAGCGCCUCGAUGCCUAGGAAGGCUAUGCCGGCUGUCCGGUACAGCGCGGGCCCAGUGUUCACCAGGCAGAGUGAGGCAUCGCGGCCGCACGCCGCAUUCAACACGUGCGUUACGCCCAGUCGCCGCAGCAGACCCACGCACAGCGCCGUUGUGCCGUCACCCA